AUGUCAGACUCUGCCACCGAAACUAGGAUUAAGAAUGAAUAUUCUCUUUUGACGAAAAGGGAAGUCGAUAACAAACAUUUCGAAGUAGAACCCUUCAUAGAUGGCGAUAUAUACCAUUGGAAAGCAGUGCUGUUUGGACCCGUCAAUGGCCCUUAUGCUGGUGGGAGAUUCAAUCUUGAUAUUAGGUUCCCCCCGAACUAUCCAUCAAGGAUGCCGCAUGUGCUUUUUAAAACGCCUAUAUUCCAUCCUAACGUUGAACCGCAAGGGGGCUUCAUUAAAAAAGGCGGCAUUGCCUCGUGCGACCGGUCAAGAAAUUGGUCACCGGAUAAGACUAUAGCAUUCGCUCUUAUGGAAAUUCACAAACUGCUGGCCGACGCAGACCCAGGGGAUUCUUAUUUUCAAGAGGCUACAGAUCUCUAUAUGACCGACUGUGUGGGUUUUGAUGAGAAGGCAGAGGAAUGGACCAGGAAAUAUGCUAUGGACCAUACUGAAGACGAGGCGUGA